AAAUACAAACCCAUAUUAUCUCGUUUGCUUUUAUUAUAAAAUUUACAUUUUAGUAUUGUUCUAAUUCUGGGUAGGCAAGCAUAUCGCCAUCAUGUGCAUAAAUUGAACAAAGCUCCCUUUUGGAACAUUUUCUUUUUUGCUUUAGAGUAUAGGUUAUCGAUGCACCGUUACAUACUGGAUAAAUCCGGGAACUCUUUCCUCUUGUUUCUCAAUACUUUUCCCAUUAGUUACUAUGAUACAACACUAGAAAUCCAACGCUGAAAUAUUUGUAAAAAUAGAAUUGAGAUGAAAAUCGAAUUUACACAUUUUCCAGUUAUUUUUAACAAACUUUUUAAAGAAUUCUUUCGCCUUCGUUUGAUUUUACUUAUGAGCGUUUUUAAAGGAAAAUCAAAAGUUUAAGUUGUGUUGGUAAUAUAAGAGAUGGAAGAGCCCAUUUAAAUAUCCCAUGGUUUCGGUGGCUCUUGCGUUGUACGCAGACUUUUUCCAUUAUUUAUUAAGCACUAAGACUUGCAACUCUUCGGCGACAACGAAAUAACCCCCAAAAUCUCUGAAUAAUUACUCUGCUAUUUCGCUAUUUCGACGUCAUUUGUGUUAGACUGUAAUAUAAAAGGUGCUGCCAUGAAAUGGACUUAAAGAAAUCCGUUCUCCCUUCAAAGCUCUUCAGUUCAAUAACUUCAGUUAUUUUCUUCGUGGUCCUCAACUCGGCGUUUGCAAAUUCUAGCGGCUAGGACUGACAGUAAAACAAUAGAAAGCUUUCGAUUGUUUUCUAAACUAUCAAUCAGGUAGUCAGUUUCGCGUGUUCUGAUUGGUUCGCGCGUUGAAAUUUGUUUAAUAUAUUGCUAAUUAACAAUAUCCUUAGCAAUUAGGCUUCCCUUAUCGCGUAUAGGUUAGAGGAGAAUGGAGUCUCAUCAAGCGGAGCUUUUGGAUACGAUCUUUCUUAUCCCCGGUCUGAGAGAACUAAUCGCCUGAAAGAUGGCAGAAUUUAGUCGCACUCGCAUGACCGAUGCAUAGCAUUUAGUCGGAGGGGCAGAAUUUCAUGCAGAUCGUCUUUCCCGACGCCACCGAAUGGCAUUGUUUAUGACAGAAUCCUACAACCUUUUCUUAAUUUAGACCAGUAGCCCUUGAUUGAAUAGGAAAACCGAUUUGAUUCAGUCCUGUACGGCUUCACAGGAUCUGAUUUUUUGGAAACCACCAAGAGCAUUAUCUACAGGGAACUGGUUGGACUGAGCCGGCGAUUUUGGUCGCGGUGAAUUCGGCCGAGCGAAUGGUUAGGUUUUCGCGAGUGCGAAGCAUAAAUUAAGCCGUGUUGUUUGUGAGAAGUGGUGAGCGGUGGUCUGCUCGUACACCUGUCCACCAGGGCUUGAUGUGAGAGUCUAGUUGCAUAUCGGGAAAUUUUGUUUUCUCAUGUGAAGCUCUGCCAUGGCGGCUGAUGUAGUGGCAUGGUUGCCUUUCGCUCGGGCAGCAGCCAUAGGAUGGGUUCCGCUCGCUACUUCGCCUAUGCCGCCGCCACCGGAGUCUUCCAAGACGGACGAGCGAGUCACCAUCAAUGUUAGCGGCAGGCGCUUUGAAACAUGGCGUAACACUCUGGCGAGAUUUCCAGAAACUCUUCUGGGUAGCGAUGAAAAGGACUAUUUUUAUGAUGCAGAAACCAAGGAAUAUUUCUUCGAUCGAGAUCCGGAUUUGUUUCGCCAUUUACUGAAUUACUACCGAAAUGGAAAGCUUCACUAUCCCCGUGGUGAAUGUGUCUCAUCGUUUGAGGAUGAACUGGAAUUUUUUGGCAUCUCGGAGGGUGUUGUUCACGACUGUUGUUGGGAAGAUUUCCGUGAGAGGAAGAAAGAGUGUAUGGAGCGAAUUUUUGAACCUGAUAAGCUUGACGACGCUUCACAAAAUGGAGACGAAGUAACAGAUCAUAGCAUACGCGAGAAACUGUGGACGGCAUUUCAGAAUCCGCAGAGCUCUAAAGUGGCGUCUGUGUUCUACUACAUCACGGGGCUGUUCAUCGCUAUUAGCGUGAUAAGCACGGUGGUGGAAACUCUUCCGUGUAAGGGGAAAACCUCGUGCGGAGAGGUCCAUAAAACUGUAUUUUUUUCGCUCGAAGCGGCGUGUGUGGUUGUGUUUACGGUGGAAUAUGUGGCAAGAUUGUAUUCUGCACCAGAUCGGGUGAAAUUCGCUCGGGACUUGCUCAGUAUCAUAGAUGUGGUGGCAAUAUUGCCUUUCUAUGUUGGGCUUAUUGUGCCUAAUAAUUCAAUAAGUGGCGCAUUUGUAACUUUAAGAGUUUUUCGUAUCUUCAGAAUAUUCAAAUUCUCCCGGCACUCGCGGGGUCUUCGAAUUUUAGGUUAUACCCUCAAGAGCUGUGCGUCCGAACUGGGCUUUCUACUUUUCUCGCUGUCCAUGGCUGUGAUAAUCUUUGCUACCGUUAUGUAUUAUGUGGAAAAAGGAGAGGUGGACACUAAAUUCAUCAGCAUCCCGGCAUCGUUCUGGUAUACCAUCGUGACAAUGACAACUUUAGGGUAUGGUGACAUGGUACCAACAACAGUCCCUGGGAAGAUCGUUGGCAGUCUGUGUUCGCUUAGUGGCGUGCUUGUCAUAGCUCUUCCUGUACCUGUCAUAGUGUCCAAUUUCAGUAGAAUUUACCUGCAAAAUCAGCGGGCCGACAAGAGAAAAGCUCACAAGAAAGCGCGAGUUUCUAUUUCAAAAACAAUGGCUGGUACUGCCUUGGUUUCUCCCCCGGACAAGAAGAAUGUCCCUCUGGGAGCUGGCCUUGAACUAACUCAAAUUCCAAGUAAAGACAAUGAAUCGUCUUAUCUAGAGGAACAGCAUCACCAUUUACUACAUUGCUUAGAGAAAGCCACGGCGCGACAGUUUGUAGAAAUGGAAUACACGUAUAAUGGCGAACCAGUUGCAGCGAGGCGAUCGCCCAAGCUGUCUUCCCCGAUCUGCACGCCGUCUGGUUCGCCUAUCUCGUCCUCAGUGUCGCUGGCGGCGGUAUGCGAUAAUGCGUGUUACAACCGCAACAGCUAUCAGGGAAAGUGCAUGAAACGAACUCGGUCAUUCUCAGAACCCACUCACAAACACGAGAACUCGGUUCUUAUCGGUGACCACAACGUGAACGAUUUCAAGACGUGUAACAACACGCACGGCCACUCCAAUAACAAGAGGCCUGCCAAUAAUAAUGUCACCACGUCUGCGGUAGUCACUAUGCCGGAUUUCGAGACUGUGGCCGUGCCCAAUAAUAUUCAUGAGCCAGGGCGUUUUCCCGCGGUGCCACCCCCUUCGUACGAGAACUGUAACGAUCGUCGUUCAUCGUCCCAUACUGCCAUAUAAUGGUACUCGGCGGUAGUACUUUGGAGGGAUUUAUUCAAGUGAGUGAUUCUUAUCCGCGGAGCUAACCAGGCUGGCAUGCGCAGUGCGAUUGCCUAAAUGUCUCGCGUUCCUUCCCGUGAUACACGACGGGAUGAUUGUGAGAACACGGCGUUGAUUGUGGAUCUAAAUGACACGGCAAAACGAGGAACGGGGAAGUCUUGGAGGUCUUCGGUCCACACAAUAUAUCCGACCCGAGAACAAGGACGCUUAGUAAUUACAGUAUUCUCGUGAUUAAUAUGCAACUUUUCGGCGUCACGUUUUGUGACAACUGGACGUUGUUUGAGAUUGUUUGUGAGUUGAGAUAAUGACUGGGCGAUGAAAAAGACUGGUUGUCCUUUGCUAGAAUGGAAUUGGUUUGGUUGAUGAAUUGCUGUUGCUGCAUUGCCACAGGAAGACUUGAACAAGCUGUAACCCUACAUAACCAUGCAUCGUGGCCACUUUCUGACGUCUUCCAUGAAAAGAGGAAUGCUUCUGAGACACCUCUGGUCAUAAGUGAUACAGAAAAGAUGUCAACGUUCUUUUAUCCCCACACAUGAAACAUUCACUUCUAAAGUGGAUAUAGAUGUCUGGCUUGCAUGCAUAGUUUAUUUUAAGGAUGUCUCUUGUGGGCGACUUCUUGUGGACUCCCCUGGAUGUCUAGACUGAGUUUGAGAAGAAAGUGGUACAAAGAGAUAGAUCAUUAUACUUCUUCGACAUCUUGGUAAGAAGAUGUCCUGUUCGUAUCGCAAAUGAUAACUCUUGAACUGAGGUAAAAUUUGGAUAACUAAUUAUGCCUGAGUUACUUCUCAAGCGAAGGAAAAAUACAGACCAUAACUCGCAAAGAGAGGAUAUGAUGCCGUUUUCCACACUAGCUGAACUCGUAUCAUUUGCUAAGUGCUCAAUCAACGACCAUAUUUUUACUUGCCAUACUAUGGGAGCUUAUAUAUAAAUAUAUAUGAUAUAUAUGGAUAUCAAAAUAGAGCAUUUUGUAUAAAUAAUUUCGGAUGAUAGUUAGGUUUUAAUAUUGGCUUGUACACGGAAAGAAGAGAAGCCGAAGUAUAGGAGAUAUUGUUACGGCAACCCGGUUGUAGUUAUCUACCGGGUUCUCAGUAUUGAUAGAGGGACAAUGUAACAAGGUCAAGCGAAAUAAUUCUGCUUGGUUAUAUAUCCAAGCACAUUAGACAAUUAUUGACUUUACGAAUUCGAGCCCGUCAAAUAUAAAAAUUUGAUAUAAGAAAUUCUCUUUUCCAGUGCAAACAAAUAAGGAGAAUAUGUUUUUAAAUUUAUUUUCUAGAGUGGCAUGGUGCGUGAAAAUUGUGUGCUUAUAUAGUGUGUAUGAUUGAAUUUAGCCUGUUAUGCGUUGGCCUAACCGUGCUGCCCAUUGCUUUGUAAAUAACAAAAAAGGCUUUAGAUAUACAUAGAAAUAUAUAUAUUGACUAGCACUGGCAUUGAAAAUAUGGCUGACUAGAAUUUCAACUGGUUAUCUUUUACUGGACUAAGACACUAAACUUUAUUUGCAUUUGGUAUCGUGAAUUUAAUUUUGAAGCAGUAUAUAUUUAACACGUAAAAACGAAAAUUCUAUAGAUUUUUAAAGACUAUUUAUCUUCAUAUCAAUGACCAUAAAUUCUAGUUAGUCCUCCAUUAAGAAAGUGCCUUUCAGAUCCUUCAAAGUUCUUACAAGUGUGUUUUGCUAUUCAACGGCUGCUCUGGUCUCAUUUAUCAAUUUCUUGCCUUCGGGGCUGAAGCUACUCUUUAUACAUUUUAUGUUUAUAUCACAGGUGUACACUUAUUCUCGUGUUUUUUUUUUUUUAAGAUCUGACGCCUUCUUGACUAGCGAAGGGUAAAAGGUUUGAGCAUUUAUAACUCACAGUUUAACUAAUGAUGAAGCAUUCACUCAGAUAAAGUAAUAUAUUAUUCUAGAUUUUAUUAUCAGAUCCCUCAUUAGGUUAUAUAAAAGUAUUGGCGUGUGCGCUUGUCCGUGCGUUUACAUGAGAUCUUUAUGGCAGUGACACAGCCAUCGUUAAUCAGUUAGGUCAUACGUAGUAAGGGAAUAGCUUGAAAUGACCCUCUGUAGAACGGUUAUAUCUUGAGAUUUCCCUCUGCAGAAAGGGUUCAGCUUGAGACAGCCCUCAGCAAAGUGAGCCCUCAGCCUCAGCUCUGUGAGAAACAUCUUAUGUAAAAGCAUGUUUGAGAUUUAUUUAUUACCCCGGGAAUAUUACUUUGAGUUUGUCGAGUAGAGCAGAAAUGAACCAUUUUUGCGAAACGUUUAAAAGAAUUACAGUUGUCCGACAGUUGCAGAUGUUUGUGAGAAAAAUAUUGACGUCAGUGGCGAUGGAAAGCUCGUUGCCUACAACACUGAGUUAUUUAGCUUGCACAUUCUUACCUUCACUGAGUGAUUUAGCUUAGUUAGUAAAAGUGUUGUUCACCAGAGUUUUCCGAAAAGCCAUUCUCUUCAGAUAACGAGCAUUCUGUAAUAUUUAAAUUAUAUAAUUACAUCUAGGCUAAUGUUGCAAUGGGCAUUUCUUCUCCCAUGUAACCAUCGCGAUUCUGGUCUUUUAAUAUAAUUUAUACUACUACUAUUUAUACUGUACUACUUGACAAACUUGCAGUGAUAAUCUCCAUAUGUGAAACAUACCGGAGGUGACGUCUCCUUGAUUUACACGUUCGGUUACCAUGCAUGCCUUGCGGUCGUGGCUGUGCCGGGCGUUACCGGUUGGUACCCGUGCAUGUACAUUUUGUUUCUUUGACAUUAUAGCUGUGUUCGAUAUGAUAUUAAUUUCAAAUUAUUUAUUGUGUUAGAGGAAUGUAUUAUACGAUCAAAGUUUGGCUAAAGUAUUGUGAGUUUAUAUAUGGAGGCAGGUUUAUGUGUUGGAUACCACAGAUGUGAAAGGCUCUAUUAAGUAUCCGUAUGAUAAAGUGGUAGCGACAUAGUGACCGGUCUUUGAGCCACGUUUGUCACGCUAAAUUGUAAAGGUCAACUGAUUCAUAUAAGAGAUCCUAGUAUUAAUACUAAUAUGAGAUGUGUUACCGAGGUAUUUUGUGAGAGGGCCAUCUUGGUUUCUUUACCUACGAAGUAUUUACUUAAGCGGACGUGGUUUUGAUAGGCUGUAUGCUAGUACUCAAUUUCCUAUUUCCAUAUUCCAAAUAAAAAAAUCAAUCCAGUA